AUGUCGUAAGAAAUGAAACAGGACCACAAUAUGAUGAACAUUGUGAUUCUAACAAAUCAUUUAUUUGUCAAAAUAUCGAUCGGUGCAUUUCGCAUUAUCGUGUUCGAGAUGGUUGGAAUGAUUGUAGUUUUACACAAAUAGAUAUAGCUGCAGGUGAACUAUAUACUGAAGACGAAGCGAUUACAGCACAAUGUUUAAUAAAUAAUAGUCAAAAAAAAUAUCGUUUUAACUGCUUUCGUGAUGAAUUAACAUGUUUGCUGCCGGCGUCGAUAGGCGACGGUCGAAGUCAUUGUAAAGAACAUCAAGAUGAGAUCAAUGAAGAAAAACGUUUAGAUUUAUCUUUGGAUUUCAAAUGUGAACGUCGUCAUACUUCAGAAUGUAAACGGUUGAAAAAGUAUAUUAUUGAAUCAUCGCAACUCGCAACUGGAGAAAAUAAACAACAACAACAAAUUUUAUUUCGUCAAUAUUGUGAUAGUCUAUGGGAUUUCCCUAUGGGUUAUGAUGAGCACUCAUUUUUAUGUCGAGAGUGGCAGUGUCCAAAAGAAUAUUAUCAAUGUACGAGUGGACAAUG